CGCAACGUCACGAAUAACCAAGUCCCCCGGAAAGCCGGCGAGAGGCUUGCGACCACCUUUCCAUGCUGCGGUUUGACCCGGUUUAAUCCAGGAACGUCCAUCUGAUCGACCCGCGGUCUGCAAACGGCGACUGUGUUGGGCGUGCGUCUCCCGGGGUCGCAGCGCAUGCCCACAAAAGGGGGGGUGGAAGCUUCCUGUUGGGCGCAGCAGUGAGCUUUAGUCGGUGCGCUACCAGCAAUGCUCCCGCUCGCAUCUUCGGGGUCCAAGGUGACCCCCCGCCAUCAUAUGGCCGGCUAUUCGAACGGGUAUCCACGGGGCAGCACCUUCGACAUCUCUCCUCACAGAUUCCAGCCGCGGAGCUCGACACCAGCGCAGCGCAGCAGACGAACCCAAUCCUUCGUGCGACUCGCCAUCGUAGCCGCCGUUCUCUUCCUCAUUGUGCUGCUGUCAUGGUCCGGCCGCGGCCGCACCUCCUUCCUCUCCAUAUUCUCGCUCGGCCUGCUCUCGAGCGACCCCAGCAACUUCGAGCUCGAAACGAUGCGCUACUACGACCUGUCUAACGUGCAGGGCACCGCGCGCGGCUGGGACCGCGAGGAGCGCAUCCUGCUCUGCGUGCCGCUGCGCGACGCCGAGACGCACCUGCCCAUGUUCUUCUCGCACCUGCGCAACUUCACGUACCCGCACCACCUGAUCGACGUGGCGUUCUUGGUGUCGGAUUCGAAGGACAACACGCUGGAUGUGCUGGUCCAGAACAUGGAGGCGAUCCAGGGGAGCGACAACACGUCGAUGCACUUUGGGGAGAUCUCGAUCAUCGAGAAGGACUUUGGCCAGACCGUCAACCAAGACGUCGAGAGCCGCCACGGGUUUGCUGCGCAGGCCAGCAGGCGGAAGCUCAUGGCGAGAGCGCGGAAUUGGCUGCUGAGCGCGGCCCUGCGCCCCUACCACUCGUGGGUGUACUGGCGGGAUGUGGACGUGGAGACGGCGCCGUUUACCAUCUUGGAGGACCUCAUGCGGCAUAACAAGGAUAUCAUCGUCCCAAACGUCUGGCGGCCUCUGCCCGAGUGGCUCGGUGGAGAGCAGCCGUACGACCUCAACUCGUGGCAGGAGUCGGAGCCGGCCCUGGCCCUCGCCGAUUCCCUCGACGAGGAUGCCGUCAUUGUGGAGGGCUAUGCUGAGUACGCGACGUGGCGGCCGCAUUUGGCAUACCUUCGGGACCCCUAUGGCGACCCUGACAUGGAGAUGGAGUUGGACGGUGUUGGCGGUGUGAGCAUCCUGGCCAAGGCCAAGGUCUUCCGCUACGGCGCCAACUUCCCGGCCUUCAGCUUUGAGAAGCACGCCGAGACGGAGGGGUUCGGAAAGAUGGCAAAGAGGAUGCAGUUCUCCGUCAUCGGCCUGCCUCACUACACGAUCUGGCACGCCUAUGAGCCCAGUGUGGAGGACAUUAAGCACAUGGAGCAAAUGGAGCGGGAGAAGCUUGCGCAAGAACAAGCAGAGAAAGAGAAAGCGGAGAAGGUCAUGAAGCUGAAGGAGUCGUUCAGCGACGCUACCGGACAGUGGGAGAAGGACAAGUCGGAGCUACAAAAGAUUACCCUCCAGGAAAAGAAGAAAGAGGCUGCCGCCGACGCCGAAGCCGCGGUUGCAAAGAAUAACGCUGGCAGUAAGGCUGCGGGUGACAAGACGGAGGAGAAGGCCGCGGCGAGAAACGACGACAAGGAGCUUGGCAAGACCUGAUGGCCACGGCGACGGGCCGAUGGUGCUCGGAGAUGACGCUCUGCAUUCUGUUUCGCUUUUACUUUCCUUACUUCGUUUUCCUUGUGUAAACUCUGGGAGAAGAGGCGGCUACAAGGCCCGGCCUCCUUGGCCAAGGCGGGGCGCAUUGCAUG